CGGAGUGCUAAAUGCUGAUUCUCUGCAUCUGGACGCAUUGCUGGAUCAUCUACCAUCGUCACAUCUCCUGACAUCAAUUCCAGUAUGGAUUUUGUGCGCCAAUUUCGGAUAAACACCACGCCGAUUAAAUCGACGCAUAUACAUAGCUGCUCCGCACGCCUCUCCCCUGCAUCACCACCGCGAUCCUCCAGCAAAAUCCAAAUCUGAGAGAUGGAUUUCAAGUCAGUAUUUCUCCGAUUUGUGACGCUGUUGUGUUUGCUGCGCCCGAUCGCGAGCCAGCUCUCGAUUCCGCCGCUGCUGGACGGGUUCCGCUACGGCGAGGCGGCGACGGCGGGAAAGGAGGAGAAGAAGGUGCUGAUUGAGGCGUUUUUCGACCCUGUUUGCCCCGAUAGCCGCGAUUCGUGGCCGCCGCUCAAGCAAGCCGUGGAGGAGCUCGCCUCGCGCGUUAGGCUCGUCGUCCACACCUUCCCGCUACCUUACCAUGACAAUUCAUUUGCCACUUCUAAGGCUUUGCACAUAGCUAAUAAGAUCGACUCUACAAAAACAUUCCAUGUAUUGGAAGCCUUCUUCCACCAUCAGGAACUAUUUUAUGGGAAGGUGACAUUCAACAAGUCUAAAGCAGCUGUCAGGGUGCGUAUAGUGGACUUCACAGCAAAGGCGCUUGGAUCGUCAUCGUAUCGUUCUGCAGUCAAAUCCGGCUUCAACAACACCAGCAUCGAUAGUGAAAACAGAUAUGCUUUCAAGUAUGGCUGCAUACGAGGUGUAUAUGCGACGCCUUUUUUCUUCGUGAACGGGUUUCCGUUGGCCGACACAGGAUCGGCGCUGGACUAUGAAGGAUGGAGAAGUGUGCUGGAUCCUUUAAUUAGCAAAGAGAGUAGAUACAGGCAGCGGCACGCACAUUUCUUAUAAAUCUAUGCCUUUUGGAAUGGUUCUUAUUUUGCUCAUGUAAUAAUCUAUGACUACAAAUAUAAUUAUCAAAUAAAUCAUUAUGUUUGGUCAAA